UCUCCAUGCAGGAACUGGAGUCAGAGGCUUUCCCUGCAGCCUGCAAGGAGAGACCAUUAGGAAUGCCUCCCAGUGCCUGGUUUCCUGAGGUAUCUGACGGGAGACCUGGAGCGGCCUGGAGCAAUCUGAGCACAUCUCACCCGCAGCUCUGCAGGAAUCGGGAUGCAGGCCAAAUACAGCAGCACAAGGGACAUGCUCGAUGACGAUGACACCACCGUCAGCCUGUAUUCGGGAGCUUCCAUGGUCAGCAGACAGGCAGAGCCCAGACACUCAGAGAAUGAGACUCCUUCUUCAGUUUGGCGUCCUGUGGCCCUGACCCUGCUGACCUUGUGUUUGGUGCUGCUCAUCGGCCUGGCAGCCCUGGGCCUUGUGUUUUUUCAGUUCUACCAGCUCUCCAAUACCCAGCAAGAGAGCAUCACUGAAAAGGAUGAAAGGCUGGGCAACAUAUCUCGACAACUGCAGUCCCUCCAGAUCCAAAACAGGAAACUCAUGGAAACUCUGCAGCAGGUAGCUGUAAAACUGUGUCGUGAACUCUACAACAGAAGUGGAGGACACAGAUGCAGCCCUUGCCCAGAGAAAUGGAAGUGGCACGGGGACAAAUGCUACCAGUUCUACAAAGAGAGUAAAAACUGGCAAAGCUGUGAAUACUUCUGCCUGGCUGAGAAUGCCACCAUGCUGAAGAUAAGUACACAGGAAGAACUGGAUUUUGCCAUGCCUCAAAGCUACUCUGAGUUUUUCUACUCUUAUUGGACAGGGCUCUCCCGCAAUGGCAGUGGCAAAGCCUGGCUGUGGACAGAUGGGACAUCUUACUCCUUUGAACUGUUUGAAAUUAUAAUAGAUCCCACCAACCUAAGGAACAGGGACUGUAUGACCAUCUUCAAUGGAAAGGCUUACUCAAAGGACUGCAAAGAGCUGAGGAGGUGUGCCUGUGAGAAGAUGGCAGGGAGAGUGGUACCUGAGGUGCUUCAGUAGGUGCCAUGAAACAUUGAGCAGAGGGGGCCAAUAGGUCAACUUCAACCACCAGCCAAAGGACUGAGCUAAGUGAUGUCAACGCAGAGGACAUUCAAAGCUUUGAAAAACUGAGAGGCAGCCAUUGGAACUGGUACUUGGGAGACUGUCUUGGUUCUGACUCAGCGUUGCCCAUACCUGAGCUCCAGUUCUUGCACAUGUUUACCUGUUACCAGGAUUCUUACUCAAGAACCACCAACUAGCCUCAGCAAGCUAGAGAGUUGUUCUCCUUGAUUUACAGAAGGCUUCCAGCUUUCUCUCUUCUCAGCAUCUGUUUCACCCUCUUUUUCAUGUCUCCCUUACACUAGGAAAAGAGAGAGACCUAAGAAAAUAGAGGCGUUGACAUGAAACCACCUACUGUGUGUGGUGGUGGUGUCCUCACAAGUAUUGGUGCCUUCCAACUCUCAGCACUUGGAAGGUGGAGGCAAGACAUAAAAAGUUUAAGGUCACCCUCAGCUACAUGGCAAGUUGGAGGCCAUCCUAGGCUGUAUGAGAACCUCUUCUCAAACAGAAAGAAGGGACAAAAAAACAAGAGAGAAAGAAGAAAGGAGA